AUGUCCCUAGUAAGAGCCCCGUUGACGAUAAUCGCUGCGUAUGGCAUGGGCUAUGCUCUUACGCCCCCGAACCCUCCUGUGUCUGAUGAAGAGCGCGCUGCCUAUCGGACGGCCGAAACCACGCUAGGACGUUCGGCGUUGAUAUGGACUGCAGCACUCAAGUAUCUGUUUUGGGCGGAAGGGUUGUGCGAGGCGGCUACAAUCCUCGCACACAACUUUCCAUACCCACCAUUGACCGAUCACGUACUCUUGACCUUACUCCCAGCCGCUCAUUCUGCGGCAUCGAUACGAGUGACACCCAGCUUCUUGGUCGGUACACUGUUGACGACUGUAGGCGCGUACUGGCGGCGUGAGUGCUUCCGAACCCUUGGGAGGUUCUUCACAUUCGAGCUCUCGAUCCGCAAAGAACAUCAGCUGGUCACGACGGGUCCUUACUCCAUCGUGCGCCACCCUGGCUACCUGGGUACUCUCCUGGCAUUCACGGGCAUUCACGCAUGCCUGUUCGGACCGGGAUCGCUGCUGCGCGAAUCAGGGAUACUGGAAACGAGAGUGGGGCAGGUAAUCAUUGGAGGGAUGGUCAUAAAUAUGACUUCGAUGGUCAUUGCAUUUGCGAGGCGGCCACGCAUUGAGGACGAGACGUUGAAGCAGCAGUUUGGCGAGCAAUGGGACCGAUGGGCGGAGCGCGUGCCGUACAGGAUUAUACCGUACAUUUACUGACAACACAAAGGCCUUCUGUGCAUGUCUCCGG